CUCCAUCUGUACUUCGAAGUAGGCGUGCGAACCCCCAUUCCCUGUCUCUCGAUUUAUGUUCCCAUGCUCCGAUCUUGGCUCAUCACCUCUUCCGUCGCUUCGCGCUCCUCCCGCUUCUCCGUGCUCCGCCGGCGUAUCCCCUUCUUCUCCUCUUCCGGCGACAAUAAGACGACGAAGAUGUCCGGCCAGGGAACGCCUGGGGGUUUCUCCGGAAACCGAGCUUCUCCUCAUCCCCGCAAACCCGUUUCUGCUGGCAAAUCAAUGUAUCAGGGUGAUGGAGUAUACAAGUCCCCUAAUGUCUUCCGCAAUGCUAAAUACCCAAAUACUGUCAUGUCUCAACAUAGUCAAGCUUCUCCAGAGAGUGCUGACGAAUCCACAUACGAGUCUCCUAACGUCUUCCGCUACGCUAAAUCCCCACAUACUGUCAUAGCUCAACGCAGUCGAGCAUCUCCAGAGAGCAUUGGCAGCAACAUUAGGAGAAGUCCACAAAGUGAUGCUGAGAUGCAGCAUUUUGAUAUCUGCAAGGCCAAAGAUGUGGGUCAUGUGAUACUAAAGAGAUCUCUUCAGGCAAUAAAUCGGGAAAAAAGAAAAGAAGCUGAACGAGCCAAAAUUGUUCCUCAGCAUAUACAUCUGAGGCCGGGGAUGUUUCUGUUGAAAAAUUACCUUGAUCACGAUGAUCAGGUAAAAAUUGUUAAAAAAUGUCGAGACCUUGGUGUCGGUUUGGGUGGAUUUUACAGACCUGGUUAUCGAGACGGUGCCAAACUGCAUCUGCGAAUGAUGUGUUUGGGGAUGAACUGGGAUCCACAGUCAAGAUUGUAUGAUAGCAAGCGAUCAAUAGAUGGUGCAGAACCACCCAAAAUUCCAGAGGACUUCAUAGAAAUGGUUGACAGAGCCAUUCAGUCAUCUCAUGACUUUUUGAAUGCACAAUCUCAUGGUGUUAAUGCUGCAUCUGAAGUUCCAAAGAUAUCACCAGAUCUCUGCAUUGUGAAUUUCUACGAUAACAAUGGUCGUCUUGGUCUGCAUCAGGACAGAGAUGAGCGCGAAGAGAGUCUCCGAAGAGGAUUACCGGUGGUCUCUUUUUCACUGGGAGACACGGCUAAAUUUUUAUAUGGAGAUCAACGAGAUAUUAACAAAGCUCAGGAAGUUGAACUUGAGUCUGGUGAUGUACUAAUAUUCGGUGGAAAAUCUAGGCAUAUAUUUCAUGGGGUUUCGUCGAUCAUCCCAAUGACAGCGCCGAAAUGGCUCAUUGAAGAAACUGGCAUGCUGCCUGGCCGCCUUAAUCUUACUUUCCGGCAAUACUAGCAUAGUUAGUUUUCAUGUAUUUUGGUUGUCCAUGUGGACACUCUUUUCCUGAGUCCUGUAGUUGAUCUGUAAUAUAAGCUAUUGCCCAGAUGACAACCAGUUUGCUGCUU